AUGUCUUUGGAAGAGCUCAAACAACAACGAGCUAAUAUUAAGAAAAAUAUUUCUCGCAUAAAAAACAUUGUCGAGGCCAGUCUACGGCCAGGUGCUAAAAUACUUUCAGUAGCCGAAUACAGAUGCCGACUUGGUAUUCUGGAAUCUUAUUUCAAAAAUGUGUUGUCUACACAGACUGAAAUUGAAAGGAUAGAUCCUGAGGAAUGCGGUCGCAUGGAUCUUGAAGAGCUGUAUAUAACCACAAAGUUAAUUAUUCAGUCUCAAGUUACUGAGGAUUCCAACACCACACUCUCAGACACCACUUGCGUAAUGCAGGCAGGAUCGAAGCUGCCCAAACUCAAACUUCCUACAUUCACCGGCAAGUACUCUGAAUAUCAAAACUUCAUAACUUCCUUUCAGCAAAUUAUUGAUCGAGAAUAUAGCUUAUCUAACAUAGAGAAAUUUAAUCAUCUACGCAAUUGUCUCAAUGGACCGGCAUUAGAAACUAUUGACGCCUUUCAAGUUUCCAAUGAAAACUAUUUGAAGGCAUUGGAAAGACUCAAAACUCGAUAUGACAACCCAACUCUCAUACUUUUAGAAAAUAUUUCCUCUUUAUUUGAGCUUUCGCCUAUUUCGAAGCCUAAAGGCGGUCAGUUGACAAGUUUAAUUGAUAAGACAUCUGCCAUUUACGGCUCGUUAUUGUCAUUGGGAACUGAAAGCCAAAUUUCACAAGCUAUGCUUAUUUAUUUAGUUUUACAGAAGGCAGAUGAAGAAACCAAUCGCAAAUGGUAG